AGAGCCCGAAGCACAACAAACACGAGACGUACCGCUCCUCCAACUGGAACUCGCAUCCAACCAGCCGGGAGCGUCACCGUCACCGUCUCCGCUGGUUUUAGUUGAGCCGGAAAGUAUGAGCGCUGUUGCCGUUCCGUACGACCCCGGGUUCAGCAUGGGCACCAGACCGUCCUUCUCAUGGCAAGUAGUGCUUGAAUCUGGAAGCGGACUCAUGCCGCCAGACCUCAGCCAUUAUGGGUCGGAUGCCAGCCUCACACCCCCUAGCGGAUCACGAUCAGUCACAGCGAGUCCGCCAAGGAGCACGCUCACUCCGGAACAGCGGGAACUGAAACGGCAACGAGACCAAGCCCGGCACAGUUCCAAGCUGCAAGCCCGGGGCCGAAGGACGGACAGCGCCUCCUCAACAUACUCGCCACCCGUCACGUUAGCGGAUUUGACGACAAGCGCUCCCAGUAUGCCGGUCUACACAUCAGCGCCGACGCAGAUAUCCCUUCUAGCCGAACCCUCACCGCAAUACCUACCACCUUAUUCGCCUCCAUUGCCAGACCACAGUCAACAAAACAUGUUCACCAGCCCCUAUCCGCAACAGCCUUACAUGGCAGACUACGGCUACCCUCCAACAACCAACCCGAGUCUGCCAGCUCACUAUGGAAAUAGACCAGUUGUGGCAGACCCAAACCUGGGCAUGUAUCAGGUGCCGUCGGUCAUGGGAACGGGAGAGCCGCAGGACACAACCGGACAAGUGAGGGUAAUACACAGCCGGCCGAAACCACAGUGUUGGGAGCACGGAUGCAAUGGCCGCCAGUUUUCCACUUUCAGCAACCUGCUCCGCCACCAACGUGAGAAGUCUGGGCAAGCGGCAAAAGCGACUUGUCCCAACUGCGGAGCAGAGUUUACUAGGACGACUGCGAGAAACGGACACCUGUUGCACGAUAAAUGCAAGAAGAAGAACAGCAGUUAAACAGGAACUGCCACCAAAGGACGGACCGAUAUAUCAGUAUCAGGGUGAUGCAUUUUCGCGGCUAUCGACCUCUGGAGUUUACACGAGGCUAGGGUACUUGGCAUAUUUCAUGGCAUUUCUACGUUAUUUUGCCUCCACUGGCCGCCUUCUCAUUCGAGCAUUGUACAAAUCUUGUCAUGGGAGGAUAUUGAGACUGUUGGGCCUCGCGUCCCCGGGCCCGACCUGGAAGGGGUGAGACCUGGAUACCAUUAGAUAAAAGGAAGGUCAACAACGGGCU